CGUUUUCAAAAUGCCGUCACCGGGCUUCCUCUUUGUCGACGGCCUCCACGCCGAUCGCGCCACUAAGAAGCGUCUACGCCAACAUGUCAUGAAAGGCAAAAAUGCAGGUAAAAAGGUUCUCCGGAGAUCGCGGGUCGCCAAAUCCUCUGUUUUGAAAACCCCAGAGCCUCUUGAGAUGAUAUCACGAGGGUCAUUUUCCUUAGUAGCUCAUCUCCGCCGCUUUGGAGGCACGCUGCACUCCAUGCCGUUCCCAGCCAAGAUCACACCAGCCAGUCUACAAGUAAUCGAUACGUUUUAUUCGUUUGUUGCAAAUAGAGUAUAUCCCACUUACAUUGACCUCUCCGUCUGCGAUGCCCGAGCUAUGUGGCUGGAACUGUUAUUCUAUGAUACUGGAACUUUCCACUGCUCGAUAGCCAUGAUGGCUGCCAGCAUCGAGAUGCUCAGCAAGCCUGGCUACGCUCAAUACUCGCAGGCCGCGCUGGUUCACCAAUCACGGGCAUAUUCCAUUGUGAAUCAGCGUUUACGAGGGCCUGACAAUCUAACGGAUUCUACAAUAUGGAUCAUCAUCCUGCUCAUCAACCAGGAACAGCUUAACCAGCGCUUUGAUGUCGCCAAAAUCCACACAAAGGGUCUUGAAAGAGUGGUUGAGAUGCGGGGAGGCUUAGAGCAGCUUGAUCACUGUCGGCCGCUUGUGCUGAAAUUAUGCAAGACCGACGUCAUGGUGGCUCUUCAAAAUGGCGUUCCGCCAAUGUUUUAUAGAGAUCACUUCACGCAGGUCUGCUGGAAGCUUCAGCUAGAGGGUCUUCUCCUGGAUACAUUUACAGCCGCCAGUCUACUCAAGUUGAGGGGCAUCCAUCCCGUCAUUGCAGGUCUUUUGAGAGAUAUCAAGAGCAUUUGCAUUCUGUUUAACGAAAACAAGGACUCGUCCAAGAUGGAAAUGUACGACUUUCUCGACAUGGUCACCGGUUUCUUCUAUCGGCUGUUGCGAUACCGCUCCAUAGACUGUGUCGAAGAGGCGCACAUCACCACGGAUACUUUGUACCAUGCUGGAAUUAUUGCAUUUCUUAUGUCGCUAGUGUUGCAAAGCGACGGGCGAAGGGCUGUGAGCUACAGUGCAUCAUGUCGGUACUUUAAGCAUAUGUUUGAACAGGUCGACGUGGAUACCGUAGCAGACGCCGACGCGUGUCUAUGGAGUUUCAUUAUGGGCGGCAUAUGGCUUUCCGUCGAUAAGGAUGUGGAAUGGCUAUCACUCAAAAUAAAAGCCGUAUGCAAGCGUCUCGAGCUACAGGAUUGGGCGGACGUCUCGGCUCGCAUGAGCAAGCUCCUCUGGUUUACUCCUCUGCAUGAUAACUUUGGAAAGAGUCUUUGGGACAAUCACAUUACCAUAAGUUCGGCAUAA